AUGAGGACGAAGGUGAGAGUGCAGAUGGGGAAGGUGAAGAGUGAAGGAGUGGAGAUUAAAGUGACGUGUGGAGGGUUCGAAGGGACAGUACCUAGAGGUAAAGUUCCGACCGUGGCAACUUCGAAACAAACUAAGUGUAAGUCUGAUCUUAGUGUCAAGGUCUGGAAGUGGAGUUUUUAA